AUGUUAAAGAAGAAAGGUUCUGAAUAAUUAGAUAUAAUAUUUGAAGCCGGAGAAGAUCUUCUAAACUUCUCAAAGAAUUAAGUGAUCAUGAUAAAGAAUAAUUCUAUAAAACUUCUUAUCAUUAGACCAAGAACAUUUUUAUCAUAUAGUCUUGAAUUCUGUGUUCUGUGGAAUUACAGGUCUAAAUUACAAAAUGCUGAGAUUUCAAUCAUUAGGCAGAGAUAUAAGAGUACUUUUAAAAAUUAUUAUAAAAGCCUGAAACGAGU